CGCGGUUCGGUCGGGGACGGAUGCGCCGCGUCGUCUGCUCGCGUCCCUCGCCGACGAUCGGCUUCGAGCUUAGUUCGCUUUCGUUCGUCUGAGUUCCUUCUGUUUCCGAUGAAGCCUCUGCUUUGAUGCGAGGAGGCGCAAAAAUGUCGUGCACUUCAUCGAAUCCUGGAGUUGAAGCAGGAGUUGGUGAAGCUGGACCUGCGAGAGGUGCACCGCUUCGACCACCUCCUGGCGGGGCUGGGGUGGAGCCCCGACGCCAUCGAGGUCACGGUCCCGAGGUGGUUCACGAGGGAGAGGAUCCAGGUGCUCCAGGCGAGGGAGAAGAGGUGCCAGGAGAUAUAUCAGCAGCUGGGGUAUCUGGAUCUGCAGGUGGGCGAUUGGGGGAGUGAAGGGGACAGGUGGGGGGGGGGGGGGGGG